GGUCAGGGGGAAGCGCACUUCCGGUGCCCUUUCUCCUGCGAGCACCACGGCCCCCAAUCCUCGUGUGCAGGGCGAGGUCUGAAAACUGGAGUGGGGUAGAGGCUGGCGGGCACCCCCUCCUGACCUCUGGUGCCGCCGCCUUCGGGAGGACCAGACAUGGCUCAGAACUUAAAGGAUUUAGCGGGACGCCUGCCCGCCGGGCCUCGGGGCAUGGGCACGGCGCUGAAGCUGCUGCUGGGGGCCGGGGCCGUGGCCUACGGCGUGCGCGAAUCCGUGUUCACCGUGGAAGGUGGUCAUAGAGCCAUCUUCUUUAACCGGAUCGGCGGUGUGCAACAGGACACAAUCCUGGCCGAGGGACUUCACUUUAGGAUCCCCUGGUUCCAGUACCCCAUCAUCUAUGACAUUCGGGCCAGACCCCGAAAAAUCUCCUCCCCUACAGGUUCCAAAGACCUGCAGAUGGUGAACAUUUCCCUGCGUGUGCUGUCUCGACCCAAUGCCCAGGAGCUCCCCAGCAUGUACCAGCGCCUAGGGCUAGACUAUGAGGAGCGAGUGCUGCCGUCCAUUGUCAACGAGGUGCUCAAAAGUGUGGUGGCCAAGUUCAAUGCCUCGCAGCUGAUUACCCAGCGGGCUCAGGUGUCCCUGUUGAUCCGAAGAGAGCUCACAGAGCGCGCCAAGGACUUCAGUCUCAUUCUGGACGAUGUAGCUAUCACCGAGCUGAGCUUUAGCCGAGAGUACACAGCUGCUGUAGAAGCCAAACAAGUAGCCCAGCAAGAAGCCCAACGGGCCCAGUUUUUGGUGGAAAAAGCAAAGCAGGAACAGCGACAGAAGAUCGUGCAGGCUGAGGGGGAGGCUGAGGCUGCCAAGAUGCUUGGAGAAGCACUGAGCAAGAAUCCCGGCUAUAUCAAGCUCCGAAAGAUCCGGGCCGCCCAGAACAUCUCUAAGACGAUCGCCACGUCCCAGAACCGCAUCUAUCUCACGGCCGACAACCUCGUGCUGAAUCUACAGGACGAAAGCUUUACCCGGGGAAGGUAAGGAACUGCAUCCCUG